AAUUCUCUCCACCUCCCCCUCGAGAUCGAGUCCACCGACAACGCAGUGAAGCUAUCUCUCAAAGGCCUGGUCGAUUGUGGUGCCACAUCCGACUUCAUUGACUUGGCCUACGUCCUCGAAAAUCACCUCCCCGUUCGUCGCCUCACCCAGCCUAUCCCCGUUUACAACGUGGACGGCACGCCGAACAAGGCCGGUUCCAUUCGCGAAGUUGCUGAUGUGGUUCUCCGUUACCAGGGCCACAGUGAACGCGUACAGGUUGCUGUCACCCGUUUAGGCAAGCAGCAGCUCAUUCUAGGGUACUCCUGGCUCCGGAAGCACAACCCGGAGAUCAACUGGGAUACCCAGGAGGUAAAGAUGAGCCGUUGCCCUUCCGGUUGCUCCACCUGCCGGGAGGAACUUCGCGAAGAACGUCAAUCUGCCAGAACCGCGGCCCGGGUGCUUCGCACCAUCCAACAAGGUCCGGUUCCAUCCAUCUGCGCUGUCGACGUUGAGGACCACGAGGACGAAGAGAUGCCGGAGCUUUUGCCAGACUCAGACGAUUAUGACCCUGAAGAUGUCGAAGAAGAUGACGACUCCUUGGAAGCCGGUGACCGUAUCUUUUGCACCCGCUUCAACCCUUCUGAAAACAUCCGAGCCACCAGCACCGUUUCUCAGCGACUCGCCGAGGCGUUUGCUAAGAACUCUGCACCUCCUCGGGACUCCAUCCCCGAGUGGGCCCGCGAGUUCGAAGAUGUUUUCAGCAAGGAGUCUUUUGACAACCUGCCAGAGCGACGCCCCUGGGAUCACGCCAUUGAACUGGUCCCCGACGCGAAGCCGACCAACUGUAAGGUCUACCCCAUCUCCCCUCUCGAACAGAAGCAGCUCGACAGCUUCAUCGAGGAGGGCAUGGCUACUGGCAGGAUUCGGCCAUCAAAAUUGCCCAUGGCGUCUCCCGUCUUCUUUGUGAAGAAGAAGGAUGGCAGCUUACGGUUUGUCCAAGAUUACCGAGCACUAAACGCGAUGACAGUGAAGAACCGCUACCUGCUUCCCCUGAUCAAUGAUCUCAUCAACAAGCUCAAGGGAGCUCGGUUCUUCACCAAACUCGACGUUCGCUGGGGCUUCAACAACGUACGCAUUCGUCAAGGCAACGAGUGGAAGGCAGCGUUUCGGACAAACCGCGGGCUCUUUGAGCCAUUGGUGAUGUAUUUCGGCCUGACCAAUUGCCCUGCAACGUUCCAGACGAUGAUGAAUGACAUACUCCAGGACCUCAUCCUUUCUGGCGAUGUUAUGGUGUACCUCGACAACAUUCUCAUCGCACAUUCCGAUAUCCACCGUCACCGGGAAAUCGUGAAUGAAGUCCUCCGACGUCUCCACGAGAACAAGCUCUACCUUCGCGCGGAGAAAUGCGAGUUCAAGAUGCUGUCAAUCAAAUACCUUGGGGUGAUCAUUUCCCACAACCAUGUGGAGAUGGACCCGGUCAAGGUCGCAGGUGUGGUGGAGUGGCCAGCUCCGGCUAACAAGAAGGAAGUGCAGCAGUUCCUCGGCUUCACUAACUUCUACUGGAGGUUCAUCUGGGAUUUUUUGCAUGUUGCACGUCCUCUCUUUGACCUCACCAAGAAGGACGUGGCAUGGACUUGGGGCGCCAACAAGGCAGCUGCGUUUCUUGCGCUGAAGAACACUGUUACCUCUACCCCAGUCCUGCAGCUCCCGGAUGCUUCCAGGUCUUACUGCCUCAAAGCAGACAGUUCGGACUUUGCGACCGGUGCUGUCAUCUUGCAGCAGUCCCCCAUGGAUGACAAGUGGCAUCCAGUUGCCUUCUUCUCAAAGAGUCUUAACGAGGUCCAGCGGAACUACGAAAUCCACGACAAGGAGAUGCUCGCCAUCGUCCGCGCCUUGGAGGAGUGGCGACACUUCCUCAAGGGCACCAAGCACCCCGUUGAGAUCUGGACCAACCACAAAAAUCUGGAGUACUUCCGGAAGGCCCAGAAUCUCAACCGUUUUCAAGCCCGCUGGUCCCUCUAUCUGUCUCGCUUCAACUUCACCCUGCACCACCAACCUGGCCGCCUCAUGGGCUGCCUGGAUGCUCUCUCAUGCCGCCCCGACCACGGAGUUGCUUCGGACAACGCAGACGUCACACUGCUGCGCCCGGAGCUGUUCCAUGUCCGGGCCUUGGAGGGUCUCACUGUCUCUGGACCCGAAGCCCCUCUCCUGCGCGACAUCUGGGAGGCCCUCACCGGUACCCCCAACAUGGAGGAGCCCAUUGUGUUGGCAGCACAUGAGCUCCUCAAGGAACGCAGAGUUCGCUCUGCUCGGGCUGCGGAGUGGCGAAAAGAAGGCGGCCUGCUCUACUUCCGUGGCAAGCUGGUGGUUCCACGCAACAACGACCUCCGUCGACGCAUCCUCAAGCAGCACCACAACAUCCGCGUUGCAGGGCAUGCUGGCCGCUUCAAGACGUUGGAGCUUGUCUCUCGGAACUACUGGUGGCCCCAGUUGUCUCGACACGUUGGCCAGUAUGUGGCCACCUGUGACCUGUGCUGCCAAACCAAGGCGCUCUGCCAACUCCCAAUCAGGGAACUCCAUCCCACGGAGGUCCCUUUGGAGCGCUGGGAAGCGGUGUCGGUCGACUUCAUUGUGCAUCUGCCAGACGCUCACGGGUAUGAUGCUAUCAUGGUCGUUGUUGACAUGCUUGGGAAGCGCAGCCACUUCAUAGAAUGCCACACCCGGCUCUCUGGUGAAGGUGCCGCCAGGCUUUUCUACAAGAACGUCUGGCGCCACCAUGGGCUGCCGUCUAAGUAUGUCUCUGACCGUGGCUCCCAGUUCAUAGCAGAGUUCACGCAGGAGCUGUGGAAACUGGUCGGGGUCUCAUCGGCAAUGUCUACGGCUUGGCAUCCACAGACGGACGGCCAGACUGAGCGUGUGAACCAGGAGCUCGAACAGUUCCUCCGGAUCUUCACCAGCUACAACCAGGACAACUGGGACGCGACUUCCGCGACCGCAUCGCGUCCAGAGUGGCAGAAGCCAAGUCGGCACUGGUGA